UCAAGGCUGAAUUUGAACAUUGUUCCUACUGGAGACCUGUGGGAUUCCUACACUUCAGAGUCCUACCUUGUCACAAGCUGAGCAGCUUAAAACUGCCCAUCAACAGGACAAGGACUAGGACUGCCAGAGUAAGCUUAUGGUGAGGAACAGGCAGAGGAAGGCAGAGGCAAGCGCUUUCAGACAGAGAAUAAGAGAGAAUAUAAACCAUGAUGAUGUUAACCCCACUCCCUGGGGAAAGAAGAACUAAGAACUGUUGUUGGAAAACGCCCUACUCUAGCUAACUUGUGUCUCCUAUCAAGAGAAGGCAAGAAAAUGAGUGAAAAGCAGGCAGCAGUGACCUUCGAUUAUCUCACUAAAGUCAUCAUGGAUUCACUCAUCGCAGCAAACACUCACUUUGGGUUUCGCCUUUUCAAAGAGUUGAAGAAAAUACAUGAUGGCAACAUCUUGUUUUCUCCUGUUGGUAUGUCAACCGCCAUUGGCAUGCUUUUCCUGGUGACCGGAAGAGCCACCGCCUCCCAGUUGCAGAAGGUGUUCAACCUUGAAAAAGAUACAGAAAGUACCAGAGUAAAGGGCGAAGAAAAAAAGAUUGAGGAGACAGAAGAGAUACACGAGCAAUUCCAAACGUUUUUGAAUGAAAUAAGAAAACUCUCAGAUGAUUAUGAAUUGUACCUAGCCAAUAGACUGUUUGGAGAGAAAACAUAUCUCUUUCUUCAAAAAUAUUUAGAUUAUGUUGAGAAAUAUUACCACGCAUCUCUGGAACCUGUUGAUUUUGUGAAUGCAGCUGACCAAAGUCGAAAGAAGAUUAAUGCUUGGGUUGAAAGCCAAACAAAUGAAAAAAUCAAGGAUCUGUUUCCAGAAAACUCCCUGAGUAGCUCCACCAAGCUGGUGCUGAUAAAUGCAAUUUAUUUGAAAGGGAAAUGGGAUAAGGAGUUCAAAAAAGAAAAUACCAAGGAGGAGGAAUUUUGGCUAAAUAAGAGUGCAAGUAAAUCUGUGCAUAUGAUGGCACAGCGCCAUUCUUUUAGCUUUGUUUAUCUGGAGGACUUGCAGGCCAAAAUUGUGGAGAUCCCAUAUAAAAACAGUGAGCUCAGCAUGUUUGUGCUUCUGCCCAAUGAUAUUGAUGGUCUGGAGAAGAUUGUAGAUAAAGUAAGUCCUGAGAAGUUAGUGGAAUGGACCAACCCGGGACAAAUGGAAACAAGGAACGUGAGUCUGCGCUUGCCUCGGUUCGAAGUGCAGGACACUUACGACCUGGAGGCUGCCCUGGUAGCUCUGGGGUUGGGAGAAGCUUUCAGCGAGCAGAAUGUGAACUGCUCAGGAAUGUGCCUGCAAUCUGAGCUGCAGGCCCAGAAGUUCCUGCACAUGUCCUUCCUGGAGGUGACCGAGGCUGGCACUGAGGCCACUGCAGCCACCAGCAUGGCCUUUACUGUCUCAUCAGACUCAGACUGUGAAUAUGUUCAUUGUAAUCAUCCGUUCAUCUUCUUCAUCAGACAUAAUGAUUCCAACAACAUCCUCUUUUUCGGGAGAUUUUCUUCUCCUUAAAACCGUCAGGGAGGCAGGCAUCGUGGCACGUGCCUAUAAUCCUACUGCUCUAGGAGGCUGCGGCGGAUCUUGCAUGGUCCCGUCCUGGGCAACAGAGUGACUUAGCAAGAACUUGUCUCAAAAUAAAAUUUUAAUAAAUGGACUGGGGAUGGCAUGGGUUCAGCCCCACUAUGAGAGGAGGUAUAAGAUGGGGAGGUAGGGAGUGAAGCGGGGGGGAGAUCAUGGCUUUUCUUAGAAAAUGACAAGCUGAGUUGAAGCUGAAUUGAAGUAUUAGUAGAAUUAUGGAAAGUGUCCAUGCAUUGCAAUUCCAAUCUUGCCAUUAAAUCAAUGAUUUAAUGACCACAAUAAAGUAUGUUUAUAACUUUC